AUGUCUGCUUCGAGCACUGCCAAUACUACUUCAGCUGCAGCCUCAAGCGGAUUUUCGUCAACCAUCAGUACUAGUGGUGCACCAUAUGGCAACGCAACCAGCACCUCAUCCGGUCUAGGCCCUACCGCACCUCUAACGACCAGUGCCUCUUCUACUGGUAUCGCUGUACCUACCACCAACACUGUCGAUAAUUCUACGAGUAUCGCCACUGCUACCUCUGGUGUAGCUUCAACCGGUGUCUCCUCAAGCGCGAUCAUCACUGAUGGACCAUAUGGAAAUGGUACCAGCAGUGCACUUACUCUUGGUCCAACAGCCCCGCUUACCACAUCCACUACUUCCUCGAGCGCCGUUUUUGGUAAUAUCACUUCCUCCAUACUCUCGACUUCCCAGGCCACUGGAGUCCCGAGCGGUAUUUCUACAACGAUCAUCUCGAGUGGAGGACCGUACGGUAAUGGAAGCAGCACUUUUAUUUCAGUCGGUCCCAUCGCACCUAUCACGACCGAUAGUCCAUCUACUUUUGUAUACUUGUCUACCUCUGCUCCAAUGUCUAAUGGGACAAGCUCUAUCUUGUCUACUAGCACUGUCGAUACCACGUCGUUGACUGUAUCAGCGAGCGGGACCGAUUCAACCACGACCGGUUCUACUAGUACCACUGCUUUGAACAGCUCCUCGACCAAUCCAAGCACGAUAGCUUCUGAGAGUUCCACAACUUCCAUGAGCUCUAGCGCGACUUCUAGUUCGUCCACCAGCGUCCCAAAACCAAGUCAAACCCCAAUUCGCAGCGGGUCUAGCGUCUCCAUCAACAGUCCAGGCACAUCUUUCGAUGGUCGUGCCUUGGAAUCCAGGCAGAAUGGAGAAAACGAAUACGCGACCGUCUACACUGGACGAAGACAGCUUCCUAUCCUCAGCUACACCUUCAACGCGACUUCCGGCUAUCUCUAUCUUGGAACAAGCGAGAAUGUCCUGAGUUACGCCAUCCCUAGCUUCCGUUCAGACUCGGUUCAACUGGCUACUUUGACUCAAGACUACCUCUCAAUGUACCCUGAAUCCUGGGCCCCGCUGAAGUGCACUGUCUCAGAGUCGAGUACCCUUGCUUGCACCGCCAGUGUAAGCGGCAAUAGAUGGCGCCGCAGUGUGACCUACACGAGUUUCGUGGUUGUGCCGCGAGCGGGUCAAAACGCCGCCGACAUCUAUCUCUACGCUGCAAACCAAAUCGACGGUCGUCCUCUGGGCGCUACGCAAGUAUCGCUCAUGUUGUCCCCAGACAACACAGGCUCGCAGUCUGCACAGCAGUAG